AUGGCUUCUACAUCUUACUCGGCAUCAAGCCGUAAGAAUGGCGAUUUGCACCUGAACUAUACCAAUGAUCGCAACACUACAUCUCAGCAGACCGUGUAUACGGCUAGCAAUGGUGCACCAAUUCCUCAUCCUUUCGAAACCCAGCGAGCUGGAGAAAAUGGCCCUUUGCUGCUCCAAGACUUUCACCUCAUCGAUCUCCUGUCACACUUUGAUCGCGAGAGAAUCCCCGAGAGAGUUGUCCAUGCAAAGGGUGGCGGUGCCCAUGGCUACUACAGAACUACCAAUCCGCUCGACGAUCUCUGCCUUGCGGAUAUUUUCUCCGCUGAAGGAAAAGAGUGUCCUAUUUCCAUCCGGUUUUCAACCGUCGGUGGUGAAAGUGGUUCCCAUGACCAUGCACGAGACCCGCGAGGCUUCUCCAUCAAGUUCCGCACUGAUGAAGGCAACUGGGAUCUUGUGCAAAACAAUACGCCGGUUUUCUUCAUCAGAGAUCCCGCAAAGUUCCCUCAUUUGAUCCAUACUCAGAAGCGACACCCCGCAAGCCAUCUCGGCAGCGGCGAUGACUCCACCAUCUUUUGGGAAUAUUUCUGUCAAAAUCCGGAAUCCGUUCACCAAGUCAUGUACACGUUUGGCGAUCGCGGCAUCCCAGAUAGCUGGCGCCAUAUGCACGGAUACAGUGGCCACACCUUCAAACUCGUCAACAAGGAGGGCUCGUGGGUGUACUGCCAGAUCCACAUCCGCUCGAAGCAGGGCACUGGCUUUCUGACGCAACAAGAGUCUACACGCCGCUCGCCAGAUGCGAAUCAAAAGGAUCUUUACCAAGCCAUUGAGCGUGGCGAGUUUCCUCAGUGGGAUUUAUGCGUGCAGACCAUGACUCCAAAGCAAGCCGAGGAGCUGUGGGAGACUCAAAAGAUCAACGUCUUUGAUCUUACUCACUGCUGGCCCCAAGGCCAGUUUCCUCUCCGCAAGGUUGGAGAGCUCUGUUUGAAUGAGAAUGUGAAGAAUUACUUUGCCGAGAUUGAGCAAAUCGCUUUCAGCCCGUCUCAUCUCGUUCCCGGAAUUGAACCCUCGGCCGACCCUGUUCUCCAAGGCCGCUUGUUUUCAUAUCCCGACACUCAACGCCACCGUCUAGGUGUAAAUUAUCAGCAACUUCCCGUCAAUGCGCCGCGCACAGGCUACCAAAUGGCCAACUUCCAGCGAGACGGCCCCAUGGCCUUCUUCAACCAGGGCGGAAGAGCAAACUACUUUUCUUCCAUUGAGCCGAUUUCUUUCAAAGAACGCAACACAAAUUUAGACGAGACUCACGGGGCCUUUGUUGGAAAGGCAGUCACUUUCCUCUCAGAGAUCAGGCCCGAGGACUUUAACCAGCCUCGUGCCCUUUGGGAGAGAGUUUUUGAUGACGCCGCCAAGGAGCGAUUCAUCAACAACGUGGCCGGCCAUAUGAGCACUUGUACUGAAAAGGAGAUUAUUAAGCGCCAGAUUGCCAUAUUCCGCGAAGUGUCGGAUGAUCUAGCCGUUAGACUGGAGAAGGCCACGGGUAUCAAGGGCUACCCUGGUAUUAGUGAACUUUCUUUCAACGGCUGCCAUAAUGGCAUGGCAAAGAGCGCUUCUCUUCGAGCCGCGAAUGGGCAAAAGAGGCCGCAUUUCAAUGCAAGCAAUGGAGGUCCGGUAGUUGGAACACACAGUUGA